AUGAGUAACGAAACUGCGCAACCACCAGUUCAGUCUGAUGGUGAGAAAACAACUCCUUCCGCCUCUGCUUCCCCAGUGAAACCGACAACUUUGGUUGAAAGAUUGCAGACUUUAGUUCUUGAUUCUCCAAUCAGAUCAGCUUGGUUUUUAAGUAACCUGGUUGUUGUGACCAACUCACUCCUCUACUUGAUCUUCUUACGCUAUUUUGGAUUUUUCAAGUCGGUCUGGUACAGAUCUGCCUUUAUCGGCGCCAUUGGAACUUUUGGAAUCGUUGUCUAUCAAAGUUUCUUUGCCAACAAGAAAUCGACAUCGUUAAGUGUUCGUCAGUUGUUAUCUGAUGAUAACGUUCACUAUCUCUACGAUGCCCUGAUUUGGUUGUUCUUACCUACUCAUUUCCUCGCAUUGAUCCCAUUCUUGAGCUUCUCCUUCUUCCACGUUCUAAACUUCACCAGUUCUGAUCUCUUGCCUGCUCUGAAGUUAGCCCCAGGUUUGGCCACAAAGAUUCAAAACUUUUCCCAACAAUACCACGAGUUCUCGAGAAGAGAAGCCGCAGCUGCUGAGCUCUUGUUGUUGAUUCAAUUGGUAUUCCAAGCUCUGUUCUUCCGUAAGUGGUCGUGGAUCACGUUGAUUGCAUAUGCAAUCUUCAUUAAGGUUAAGAGUGAGGGCUCAGUAUUUACAAGACACGUCUUGAAGACAUGGGAAGUUAGAAUUGAUGGUUUGGUUAGUAACCAACAGGUUCCUCCUGCGGUUAAACAACAAUGGAACAACUUCAAGAGACUUUUCAAGACUUUGGACAACUACAGUCUCAUUCACAAGGUUGAGGGAACAACAGAAACAGAAAAGAAGUCUGAUAUUGAUUUGGGUACUACUUACUCCUGUGUUGCACACUUUGCCAAUGAUCGUGUUGAGAUCAUUGCUAACGAUCAAGGUAACAGAACCACUCCUUCCUUUGUCGCCUUCACCGACACUGAGAGAUUGAUUGGUGAUGCCGCUAAGAACCAAGCUGCUAUGAACCCAGCAAACACCGUCUUUGACGCUAAGCGUUUGAUUGGUAGAAAGUUUGACGAUGCAGAGGUCCAAACUGAUAUCAAGCACUUCCCAUUCAAGGUUAUCAACGAUGGUGGUAAGCCAAAGAUCCAAGUUGAAUUCAAAGGUGAGACCAAGGUUUUCACCCCAGAAGAGAUCUCCUCCAUGGUUUUGCUUAAGAUGAAGGAAACCGCUGAGGGUUUCUUGGGUACUGAGGUUAAGGAUGCCGUUGUCACCGUUCCAGCUUACUUCAACGAUUCUCAAAGACAAGCUACAAAGGAUGCUGGUUUGAUUUCUGGUUUGAACAUCUUGCGUAUCAUCAACGAGCCAACCGCUGCUGCCAUUGCUUACGGUUUGGACAAGAAGACUGAAGGUGAGAAGAACGUUUUGAUCUUUGACUUGGGUGGUGGUACUUUCGAUGUCUCCCUCUUGGCUAUUGAAGAUGGUAUCUUCGAAGUCAAGGCCACCGCUGGUGAUACUCACUUGGGUGGUGAAGAUUUCGACAACAAGCUUGUUGACCACUUGGUUGCCGAGUUCAAGAGAAAGAACAAAAAGGACUUGACCACCAACCAAAGAUCUUUGAGAAGAUUGAGAACUGCUGCUGAGAGAGCUAAGAGAACCUUGUCUUCUUCUGCUCAAGCUUCUAUUGAGAUUGAUUCCUUGUACGAAGGUAUUGACUUCUACACCUCUAUCACCAGAGCUAGAUUCGAAGAGCUUUGUGCUUCUAUGUUCAGAUCCACUUUGGAGCCAGUUGAGAAGGUUUUGAGAGAUGCCGGUUUGGAUAAGUCCCAAGUUCACGAGAUUGUCCUUGUCGGUGGUUCUACCAGAAUUCCAAAGGUUCAAAAGCUCGUCUCUGAGUUCUUCAACGGUAAGGAGCCAAACAGAUCCAUCAACCCAGAUGAGGCUGUUGCUUACGGUGCUGCUGUCCAAGCUGCUAUCUUGACCGGUGACCAAUCUUCCAAGACUCAAGACUUGUUGCUUUUGGAUGUUGCUCCAUUGUCCCUUGGUAUUGAGACCGCUGGUGGUGUCAUGACCAAGUUGAUUCCAAGAAACUCCACCAUUCCAACUAAGAAGUCUGAGACUUUCUCCACCUACGCUGACAACCAACCAGGUGUCUUGAUUCAAGUGUUUGAAGGUGAAAGAGCUAGAACAAAAGACAACAACUUGUUGGGUAAGUUUGAGCUUUCCGGUAUUCCACCUGCACCAAGAGGUGUUCCACAAAUUGAGGUUACCUUUGACGUUGAUGCCAACGGUAUCUUGAACGUUUCCGCUGUCGAGAAGGGUACUGGUAAGUCCAACAAGAUCACCAUCACCAACGACAAGGGUAGAUUGUCCAAGGAGGAUAUUGAGAGAAUGGUUUCUGAAGCCGAGAAGUACAAGGAGGAGGAUGAGAAGGAGGCUGCCAGAAUCGCCGCUAAGAACGGUUUGGAGUCUUACUCUUACUCUUUGAAGAACACCACCUCCGAGGAGGCUUUCACCUCUAAGGUUUCUGAGGAUGACAAGGCUGCUUUGACCAAGGCCAUUGAUGAGACCAUCACUUGGUUGGAUGAGAACCAAGCUGCUUCCACUGAGGAGUACGCUGACAAGCAAAAGGAGUUGGAGUCUGUUGCUAACCCAAUCUUGACCAAGUUCUACCAAGAGAACGGUGGUGCCCCAGGUGCUGCUCCAGGUGGUUUCCCAGGUGGUGCUGCUCCAGCCCCAGAGAACGAGGGUCCAACUGUUGAAGAGGUUGAUUAA